ACUCUCUCUCUCUCUCUCUCUCUCUCUCUCUCUCUCUCUCUCUCUCUCUGCGCGCAAGCUUUCUCUUGGAAACAAGAAUGGAUUCUUCUCCGCCAGAAGUCGUGAUCUUCGACUUAGAGACGAUCAUAGAAACGGAAGCCAUCAUAGAAUUCGGGGCCAUCAUCGUGUGCCCGCAAACGCUGGUCGAGAAAGAGUACUUCUCUUCUCUGGUCCGGCCCCGACACGACGAGGAGUUUGGAGAAUUCGAGGAACGGAGCAACGGGCUCAACAUAGAUGAAAUCGUUUCCUCCAACAUCUACUUCUCGGACAUUGCUCACACCGUCUACGACAUGCUCGACGGAAGAAUUUGGGUUGGCCACUACAUCAAAAACUUCGAUUGCAGAAUUGUCGAGGACGCAUUUCACGAAAUCGGGCAGCCGCCGCCGGAACCCUUGGACGUGAUCGACACCUGGGAGCUGUGUGAGAUGUUUAGGGGGAAGUUGACAAUCUAGAGAUGGCAACACUUGCUGAAUACCUUGGUCUCGGAGAACAAAUACACAGGAGCUUAGCUGAUGUCCGCUUGAAUCUCCGCCUAUUCCGACGCUGUGUCGAGCUUUUCUACCUGACAGAGUUCUCGAGCCUUUUGAGGGCUGCGAGUAACGCCGGCGUUCCGAGGUAUUUAGGCCCUGAGGAGUAUUCAAUCCCUACGCUAAGAGCUCAUUACGACUCCUGCGAUUCCUUGGAUCAAGCACGAGAUGUGUACUUGCCGAUUUCUUGCACUUCUCUGAACGUAAGGUGGGGGAUCUUGCCAAUAAGGUUCUGGGACGACAACGGCCGCCCGAAGCUGAGCUUCGUGGUCGACGCGCCGGGCAACCUGACCCUGAUGCUGGACGAAUGUGACCGGAUGCUGUGGAGGCUGUUCCGGAGAUUCGGGAUCAACUCCGAGUGGAGGAAUGUCGUGGACAGAACGAGGAACUCCCCAGCUCUAAGGCUGCGCAUCGCAGAUACAGCAGACAAGCAAACGAUAGUAUGCAAGAGGAGGGAUUCCGGAAAGAUUAAAAGGCUCGUCUUCGACGAGAGCGAGCUUGGGACGUUGCUCACUCCAAGCACCAGGCUGGAUGCUGAAUUCUUCUUGGAAACCUAUGACUAUCGAGGAUCGGCCGGCAUUAGAUUAGUGGCUCAUAAACUGAUCGUUCAUCCCUAGUUUCCGACCGACAGUUGGACAUCCCCAACGACAACAGGAAAGAAGAACCGUAGGCAUAUACUGUUGCAGCUCUACAGAUUUGCUUGUGGAGAUGUUAACCCUCUAUUACCCGACUUCUUGUAUAGUAAAGUGUGAUAAAAGAAAUCCAAUGCUCUGUGAUGCCAGCACGACUCCUUGUUUACAAUGUACUUGCUUGAAAUUUCUUUCUGCUUAAGUAUUCUUCAAUGCACUGUCACUGUCUUCCUCGCUAA